UUGCAAACUUUUUAAAGCUUUUUCCUACGAUAAGAAAUUUUGCCGUCAAAAGCUACCAUUUUUAUUUCUUUUUGUCGCUUUUCCUUUUUCACAGACGGCAACGCUAUCUGAUUCCGAUCCCACCUUCUUCCUCCAUAAUCAUAACCAUCUCCUCAAUCUUGAUUUGAGUAAGCUUUUCGGAUCAUAUCGUAAUCAUGAAACAAGUAUCAAUCACACUUUCGAUAUUACUCAUGUGAACCGAUCUAAUUGGUUUGAAGAACUUGAAAGAAACAAGGGUGAUAAACUAGAAGUUUCUUUACUUUGUACCUGGUAUAACAAGAUUUCCCCAAAUUGAAUAACAGAAGAGUGAGAUAAUUUCAUAUUGCGAUCUGUUUCUCUGAAUUUCAAAGAGACCCAUCUCAGAUUCUUGGGUUUUUAUUCCGUUCUUGAAGAAAAAUCAAGAUUGGCAAAAGUUUUGGUUACAGAAUCAGUGAAAAAAAUGGGAUCUUUUGCUGGACACGCAGUUCCAGGGACACUGUUUCUUAUGGUUGGAGUAUGGCAUAUAUGGAGCACAGUGGUUCGUUAUGCAGCAGACCCAAAAUCAUUUCGUGUAAGAAUGUGGAACCCUGUUCCAGGUUUUAAUGGGAAGUUGAAAUACUUGGAGCUCUAUGUUAUAGCAGUCGGAGCUUUUAUUGAUAUGUGUAUAGAGCUUUUAUAUUCAACCCACCUUAAGUUCUUUGUUAAUGGUGUCUUGAACCCACAUCACAUGAAUGACUUUGAACAUGGAGGCAUGCUUCUCAUGUUCUUCCUCUUCAGUAUUGUUGCUUUGCUCUCUGAAAAAACCAGCUUCCUGCCUUUACCAGAAGGCGCCCUGUGCUUAAUAUCAGCAGCAGCAUUCUGUGCAGAGUACCUUUUAUUCUUCUUCCAUUCAACAACACACAAAGGGCUAGAAGGUCAUUACCAUCUCCUCUUGGUUCUACUGGUAGCCCUUUGCAUAAUCUCCAUUGUUGCAGGAGCCAUAAUGCCCACAAGCUUUCCUGCUGAUCUGUGUGGUGGCAUUGCUGUGACACUUCAAGGGCUAUGGUUCUAUCAGACUGCAUUUACACUGUAUGGGCCCAUGAUGCCAGCUGGAUGUAAGCUUGAAGCAAAUGAGGUGUCAUGCUUGCAUCAUGAUCAUGAGGUUCGUGGACAGGUGUUGGCUAAUUUGCAGAUGUUUGGGCUUGUUUUCUUGGUUCUUUCUGGUGUGGUGGGGUCGUAUAUUUUUGCAGAUAAAAAAUGUGGGAAGCCUGAGUUUAGGAUGCUUCAUAUUACACCUGAUGAGGGGUUUCAUGAGCAGUUAUAAUGGGGGUGUUAGAGUUUUGUCUUUUUUUGAAGUAGCAGAGUACUUAGCAUAAGGUCAGGUGUAGUUAAUUUUGUACUUUCUUUCUGUAUUUUAAAUUCGAUUGAAUUGAAUUGAUAUGGUGUUUGGUUAGAUGGAGGUAGAGCUGGAAUUGAAAUAACUGUACGUAUGCUUGCACACAUUUCAUUAUUCAUCAUUUGGGUGUUUUGGCUAA